AUCUCCGGUUCUCCACACCACCAUUCAGAGGAACCACACCGCCACCCCAUCCACUUUAUCUCAGUUGAGAGGUUUAGAAGCGCGCGGUGAAGCACAAAGUGCAGCAAGAGCUGCGAGAAGAAGGAGCGAGCAGCAAUGGCGAGGCACAGCCUCCUUGCCGUGCUCCUCGUCGGGCUGGUCGCGGCCUCCGGCUUCAGCCAGGCGGCCGCCGCUGGCCGGGGCCUUGCUGAGAAGCUCCCCGAGCCGGAGCCCAAGCCGAUGCCGUACCCAGAGCCCAAGCCGCAACCCAAGCCAGAGCCAAUGCCUAAGCCUGAACCCAUGCCAAAGCCAGAGCCUAAGCCUCUGCCUAAACCUGAACCCAUGCCAAAGCCAGAGCCUAAGCCUAUGCCCAAACCCGAACCCAUGCCAAAGCCAGAGCCCAAACCGGAACCGGAGCCGGAGCCGAUGCCAAAGCCUGAACCUAAGCCUGAGCCCAAGCCUUACCCGAUGCCCAAACCCGAGCCUAAGCCUGAGCCCAAGCCCGAGCCGAUGCCAAAACCCGAACCAAAGCCGGAGCCCAAGCCGGAGCCGAAGCCGGAGCCCAAACCUGCGCCCAUAAAGCCAGAGCCUAAGCCGAUGCCAAAGCCGGAACCGAAGCCAGAGCCGAUGCCAAAGCCGGAACCAAAGCCCGAGCCCAAGCCCGAGCCGAUGCCGAAGCCAGAACCAAAGCCAGAGCCCAAGCCUGAGCCGAUGCCAAAGCCAGAGCCUAAGCCCGAACCAUUGCCUAAACCAGAGCCUAAGCCAGAGCCCAAGCCUGAACCUAUGCCUAAGCCGGAGCCCAAGCCUAAGCCCGAACCGAAGCCGGAGCCGCCUCCGAAGGGCAAGCCGCCAAUGACUGACAAUUGAUGUGAUACUCACAUAUGACAGUGGAAGGAGGAGAUCGACCCCGUCCGGAGCCACGAUGUGUUAUUUCUAGAAUAAGUGGCGUAGUAUCCGGCUAGCGAGAUAGUGAUGAUGCAUCUUUUUGUAUUGCUUCCGUAUUCCACCAUUCCUUUUAGUUUCUGUUGUUCCAUGCACCCGUGAUGAGUAUUACUACUUUGUAAUUAUCAUUUGCGUGUUGGUAUACGUUCAUCUGUGCA